AUGGCUCUGUUGAAGCGUCUAGCUCAUCAUCACCGUGAACUUCAAAAGAGUCCAGCACCGCUCUGCCAUGCGCAACCAGUAGAUUCAACGGACGACCUGACAAACUGGAUUGGUUGGGUUGAAGGUGCGCAAGACACUCCAUUUAGUAAUGGACGAUUCAUGUUAUCAAUGAAAUUCCCGUCAGAUUAUCCAUUUCAACCACCAAUAGUGAAAUUUCUGACGCCGAUCUUCCAUCCAAAUAUCAGCGUCGGAGGGAAAAUAUGUUUAGAUAUUCUUGAUUCUCGAUGGUCACCGGCACUGACUGUGAGUGGUCUUCUGAUAUCCAUAGCUUCGUUAUUAAACGAUCCAAAUCCAGACCAUGGAUUGAACAAAGAAGCUUUGACACUUUAUCGAACCGAUAAACAGAAGUACGCCGAAACAGUCAAACGAUGGACGAUUAUUCACGCCAUGAACCACAACAAUUGA